GAAGGUUCGGAUUAUCGAUUUGACCGUUGACCAUGGUUGCGAUACGAUCAAUAAUAAGGCUACUAUGUGUGUCCGUGUAUAUUUGCAGGGACAAAGUGAAUACAGGUGAGAAAGGAACAUGGCGAACGCUCUACUUCGAAGUCUUCAAGCUUUAGAAUCAUCAAGUGGACCAACCGCAAAAUGGACAGUACCAUUGAACGAUGGUAACCAUGUGAUAGAAUUCGAGCAUGGAACUGCUACGGGUCGACGAGUUGUCAAAAUCGAUGAUGAAGUAUUAGUGAAUAGAGAUUGGAUGUUCCGUUUAGUCGGCGACGAAUUAUUUACAUUUAACGGGACUAAAUUCGUGAUUAGGGUCGAUCCAAUACCAGGUUUCAAAUAUUCGUAUACGUUAUGGGUAAAUGGGAAGAAUUAUAAAAAUUUCAUACAAUCUCAAUCGAAAAUUUUGAAAUCAUGGCUAACGAAAAUAGGAGAGAAUGAAUAUAGAAUUGUAUUGGACAAACAAACGCAAAGCGUGUGGAUUAAUGGUGUGCAAGUAGAUGUUGAAAACGAAUUUAUGGAUGGCGGAGCAGAAAUGCUGUUCUCCAUAUCAGAUUUAUCAGCUGUGAUUAGAUCCUGUACUUCUGAUAAGAAAGAAAUUGGAAUUGAUUAUAUCUUAUACAUUGACGAUAUCGAAAUAAAUGACGAAAGUAUUUCGUCAUUCGACGAAACAUAAUUAACACGUAAACUGUCGUACAUUAUUAAUAAAAAUGAAUUAAAUGAAAUAAAGGAAU